AUGGCAACACCUCAGCGACGUGGCUGUUCAAAGCUACCAAAACACUACUAUGUAAAUGUUGACCGCUAUAAACAUCAAACUGAGGAUAAUUUAAAAAGCAAAGGUAUCUGUAACAAGAUGAGCAAGGCUGCCAAAAUAUUCAUCACAACAGUAACGAUUACAGGACUAGCACUUAUGCUCGCAUAUUUAGCCAAUGACCAGCGGAAGAUAUACGACCUGAAUAAAAACGUUCAGGCCCAAACCAGUUCUCUUUGGAGUGAGCAAAGUAAAGACAGUGACGAUUUUAACAAUACACUGAUAAAACUUACUGAAGAUCAAAGAGAAGAAGAUGAAAUAAUGAGUAUUUUUAUAAAUGACACUCUAAUGCAAUUAGAAAAAAUUUCAAAUGUGACAAAUAUAAGCCUUUCUUUAUCAAAGGAAUCACAAAUAUCAUUCAGAGUAAUGACGGACAUGGUGGAAGAUUUGUCGAGUCAAACAAAUUCUUCAAUGAAUGAAAUUGGGAACAUGGUGGAUGCGUUGUCUAACGAGAUACAAAUUUCGUCGAGCAACAUUACAAAUACAAUGGAAACAUUAUCUAAUGACACCAAAACAUCAUCCAUAGAACUGAAGAACAUGUUGAAAGAACAAUCAAAUCAAAGCAAUACUUUUCUAGAAGACAAAAUGAAAGAAUUAUUAAAAGAUCUAAAAGACGAGUUGACAGCACUAAUUGAAUCGAGAAUAGGAGGUGGCUGUAUAAAUAACAGUUUAAACGUCACUACCGGGGAAUGCCAGGAAAGCUGUUUGAGAGUCCCUGACGGGAAUUACCAGUCAUGUGACACUUGUCAUGGUUACGUGACUUGUGCAAAUAAUUAUUACUUUACUAUGAACUGUCCGGAGACUCUAAAAUGGGAUGAUAAUAAAAAGAGUUGUGAAAGGACAAGUGAAACUUGCAAUCGAGAUGAUUUCACCUGAUACUAAUAGU